UGUGUGGCUACACCUCUUGAUUUCCACCUGCUUUAUUGUGGAUUAAUCUUCUGAACGAGGAGCAGUGUGAAUUUCAAGUCGAGUACGACAAUUUCAACAAUGGCGAACGCUCAUCUCGUUUUCGGAUGGAUAGAUUACACUUUAUUUGGUGGCCUGCUGGGGAUGAGUUUACUUAUAGGUGUUUAUUUUGGAUUUUUUAGUAAGCAAGAUAGCACUUCUGAAUAUCUUUUUGGUGGAAGAACUAUGAACUAUAUUCCUGUAGCGAUCAGUAUACUUGCCAGUUUUCUGUCAGGGAUCACGUUCCUAGGAAUACCAACGGAGGUUUACCUACAUGGCAGUCAAUACUUCGCAAGCGUGUGUUCAGCUCUUUUCAUAUGUCUAAUCUCUACGUACAUAAUAAUGCCAACUUUCUACAGACUGAGAGUUUCCAGCACGUUUGAAUAUUUGGAAAUGCGAUAUUCAAAGGCCGUACGGACUUUUGCCUCGGUUGUCUAUAUCAUCUCUAUCUUCCUGUACAUACCUAUCGUCGUUUAUGUGCCAGCUCUCGCAUUUUCACAAGUCACAGGCUACAACAUCCACGCGAUUACACCAGUUUUCAGCAUUGUCUGCAUCACUUAUACCAGUAUGGGUGGUGUCAAAGCUGUAGUUUGGACAGAUACAAUACAAUUUAUAUUCACAAUAGGAGGCUUGAUAUCAGUUUUAUCACUCGGUAUAAUAGCGAUAGGUGGGGUAUCUGAAUUUUGGAGAUUAGCAGAAGAGGGAUAUCGUAUUAAAUUUUUUGACAUGAAUCCGAGUCCCUUGAAACGAGAUACAUUUUGGGCAAUGUCUAUAGGAUUAACUUUUACAAUGCUUAGUCGGUUUGGCUUGGGACAAAAAUUCGUGCAAAGAUUUUUAGCAAUUCCUAACGAAGCCAACAUGAAAAAGGCUAUCAUCAUAACUACUGCUGGUUGGGGAAUAUUACAAGUUGCAUGCGUUAUUAUCGGGCUAUUGAUGUAUGCUCAAUAUCACGAUUGUGAUCCACUUAAAGCCCAUUUGAUAGAACGAAGUGACCAGACUCUUCCCUAUUACGUGAUGGACAUAGCUGGGCAUGUAUCUGGAUUACCAGGUAUUUUUCUUGCCGGUUUGGUAAGCUCAGCACUGUCCACAAUGAGCGCCAGUUUGAACACUGUCUCCGGCCUUAUUUACGACACUUGCAUUGAUCGAUGGAUUCCUGAAAGUCCUAAGAAAGAUGCUUUGUCUGCAAAUAUCAUGAAGGCAAUAUCGGUCCUAGCAGGCUGUAUAACCAUUGGCUUGAUCUUUGUGGUGGAGCAGUUGGGUACAAUCUUUGAAGUAGCAUUUAGCUUGUCGAGUGCGAUGGAAGGAGCACUUUUAGGAUUGUUUUUAGCAGGUAUGCUUUUACCGUGGAUCGGCAAAAUUGGAGCAUUUACAGGUGGUUUAAGUUCUUUGAUAAUCAUGGGUUGGAUCGUUGGUGGACAACAGUGGCACAUUUUAAACAAAAGGAUCCGCUUUUCUACGCUCCCAACUUCAGCUGAAGCCUGUCCUUAUCCUCUAAACGAAACUCUCUUGCAAGAAAACACUACUUCUACCAGUCCACUGCCAGAUCUUACCCCAGAGAACGAACCAAUGAUUAUCUUUCACAUUGCUGUAUUGUACUUCACGCUUAUGGGCGCCGUGAUGGUCAUUGUCAUUGGUGGCAUAACGAGUCACUUUGCAAGUGAAACUGAUUUAUCGAAGGUUAAUCCAGAAUGCGUCGCACCCGUUGUCCUAAGAUUGUUGCGGAAUAAAUUUUACACGGAAGUACCUGCAAAAGAAACUGGUGUUGAACUAAAUAUAGUUAAUGGAAUAAAGAACGAAGAAAAUGUGUUCAGUAGAUACUCCUAGUAUUAUAAGUAUACAUUUUAAGAAUAAUCAUAAAAAAUGCUGAUUGUGAGUUUAUGAAUACACGUGUUUGCAGUCGACUGAUGAAAUUGGUAUUGCAUCUUUUAUAUUAUGUUUUGUACUCUACGCUAUUUAUUAUGUUAUUAUAUAAUAAGAUAAAAAAGUUUGCACAUUUAUGGAUCGAACAUCAAAUUUUGCUUUGUAAAAGGUCCUUCUAAGUUUUAUGUAUAUUUAUAUAAUUUUACAUAAAGAUGAGAAAUAGUUUAACCUCUGUUUGAAGGUUAUCCUGGUUUGCUAGUCAUUGACUGAUACUAACGUUGUAUUUUCUGCUCUUGAUUAUUUGAUCAUCAGUUUUACUCUCAAAACUGAAUUCAUUUUUAAGAUAUAAAAUUAAAUGUUCAA